AGCCAAUCGAUUCCAGUCCACGUUUCUUCAACUCCGCGACGAAUAAACCUCGUUGCUCCCGAACCAAUUUGUCGCGGCUGGUCCAUCUCGCUCGUCGCCGCCGUACACAAAUCCUCACCUCCCUUCCUGGCUUGUUGCGCCGACUGUUAUUGACGCGUGCCCGCAGCGGCCAUGUCGUUCGCGUAACGGAAUCGUUGACGACGUCCAGCAGCCUCAACGCCGCGCAUCAUGGCUGGGCUCCUUCUACUGCUGGCACUAUGCGCCGUCAUGGCGCUGGCGUAUGUCUAAUAGCCUCAUAUCUGACGAGUUCCCGCCCACUAACGCUCCGCAGCUCGUUCCUCGCCGGCGCCCUUCCGCUGUCCAUGACGCUAUCGCAGUCUCAAUUGCGCUUGAUAUCAAGUAUCGGCGUUGGGGUCCUAGUCGGCACAUCACUCAUAGUGAUCAUCCCAGAGGGGAUCGAAGCAGCAGCGAGCCAAGCAUCGCCGCACGCUCACAAGGCCCGCGACCUCACGCGCAGGGCCCCUUGGAAAUUCGCGAUCGAGGAGCGAAGCGUCCUCAACGCCGCCUCGAGCGCGAGCGCCCACAAUCUACGAGACGAUUUACAUGUAAAAGAAGCCUUGCGAGAGAUCGUGGUCCCCGCUACGACACCACCGACCCCAUCAAAGAGAGACGAUGAGCCGUCGACAGAGAAUCCUCCCCCGGCCCCGGAAACUCCCGGGCACGACAAAGAGAAUCACAAAGAUGGCGAUCACGAGGAACACGAACAAGGCGUCGAGAUACCCGGAUUUGAGGUUGGCUUCUCCAUGGUGCUGGGGUUCGUCCUCAUGUUCCUCAUUGAUCGAUUGCCGAGACACGCGACCGAGACUUUCCAGCCUGUACCACAGACGACGCAUAUGAGCUUGGACAACUUGGGCGGCGGCGACGCCGCGACAGAUGAAGAGUCUGACGGGUUUCUAGGGUCGUUGACGCCGACGCCGAGACGUGCGCGGGGUUUGGCAACGACAGUAGGACUGGUGAUUCAUGCGGCUGCCGACGGCAUCGCCAUGGGGGCAUCAUCAACAACGUCCAAUAUGAAGCUGGGCUUCAUCAUCUUUAUCGCCAUCAUGAUCCACAAGGCCCCGGCUGCAUUUGGACUAACAUCAGUGCUUCUAAGACAAGGCCUAUCCAAGAGAGCAGCGCGUGGCCAUCUUAUCAUCUUCAGCUUGGCCGCCCCGGUGGGCGCCAUCUCGACGUGGCUCCUCGUCACGAUCCUGGGCGGAGAUCACCUCGAAGGGGCCAAGGGGCAAUGGUGGACCGGGAUGUUACUUCUCUUUUCCGGCGGGACGUUUCUUUAUGUCGCCAUGCACGCCAUGCAAGAUGACGGCGCACCACCUGGCCACGAUCACGCGCCAGGAGCCAACGGAUACGCGGAUGGGACGUCCAGCAACCAACGGAAGCCAAAAGGCCCGCAGAUGCGCGACACGUUGGCCACCGUGGCGGGCAUGUUUCUGCCCCUGCUCACGCAGUUUGGGCACCAUCACCACUGAUGGAGUUGCUCGCCGAAUGGCAGAGGCAACGAUGGACGAGAUUAUUAUAGACUGGCGGAGUGCGCAUGGCAGCCAAGCGCAAGUGUACGAAGGAAAAGCCCAAGCAGGCACCAUGAGACAGACACUAUAGACAAGCGCUGCUCAGGUUCAGUGCUCAUCUAGGUGCAUGCCUGCGUCGCAUGUUGGCGAGUUUUGACCCAGGCGAUCGUGACUGAAGCGUUUGCUCUGCAGGAAACGAUGUGCAGGCGCAGCAGCAAACGGCGUUUCGCAUUCAGGCUCUGAUCCCGCUACGGACCUACCUGUAUCGAUUACGGAGCACGUAUCAAGCAAGCAUGGGGUUAGUAAAGUAAUCUCGCUGGUCGCAGCAGGCUCCGCGGGUCCCCUUCUCUCCAUGCAGCCGGUUCAGCCACAUCCUCCGGCAAAGGCGUUCGCAUGAACUGAUGCGGGCCGGACGGUUUGAUGUUCUCGUAGAUGCUGCUAUUUUUUGCAACGAGAGCCGUUGAUCUGACACGGGGCUGGCACGGGGAGCCGCGCUUGCUGGCUGGCCAGCGCUUGAAGGAAAUCUGAGACACUUGGGGAAGGGGGCUGCGCUUUGCUUUGGGCCAGGACGUUCGAAAAUAUUCCGCAAACUACGAGCCCGUCCGGAGGGAGCAGGGAUCCGGGGGCCUGAUUGAUCGAUAGUGUGUUCCGGAUACAAAUAUCGAGUGCGAGUGCCCAGGUAGAGGGCGACGGCCUCAGUGCACUGAGAGUACGCUGGGAAAAGCUGGGGGUUCGUUCCAGUGAUUGCAGCCGUGCGGACUCCCGCUGUGUCAGCAGCUCGCUGUGACACCUGACAAGAUCGAGCCUGGGCGUCGCGUCUAAUGUCAGUAGUACCUAGAUUCGC